CCGGCUCCUCCCCUUCAGUCUUGCACAGGUGUACCGGCUCCUCCCCUUCAGUCUUACACAGGUGUACCGGCUCCUCCCCUUCAGUCUUGCACAGGUGUACCGGCUCCUCCCCUUCAGUCUUGCACAGGUGUACCGGCUCCUCCCCUUCAGUCUUGCACAGGUGUACCGGCUCCUCCCCUUCAGUCUUGCACAGGUGUACCGGCUCCUCCCCUUCAGUCUUGCACAGGUGUACCGGCUCCUCCCCUUCAGUCUUGCACAGGUGUACCGGCUCCUCCCCUUCAGUCUUGCACAGGUGUACCGGCUCCUCCCCUUCAGUCUUGCACAGGUGUACCGGCUCCUUCCCUUCAGUCUUGCACAGGUGUACCGGCUCCUCCCCUUCAGUCUUGCACAGGUGUACCAGCUCCUCCCCUUCAGUCUUGCACAGGUGUACCGGCUCCUCCCCUUCAGUCUUGCACAGGUGUACCUGCUCCUCCCCUUCAGUCUUGCACAGGUGUACCGGCUCCUCCCCUUCAGUCUUGCACAGGUGUACCGGCUCCUCCCCUUCAGUCUUGCACAGGUGUACCGACUCCUCCCCUUCAGUCUUGCACAGGUGUACCGGCUCCUCCCCUUCAGUCUUGCACAGGUGUACCGGCUCCUCCCCUUCAGUCUUGCACAGGUGUACCGGCUCCUCCCCUUCAGUCU